AUGCAACGCAAGGUUGUGGGCUUGCAAAAACCGAAACAGCGAGUUAUUUAAUGAUUUAUUGUAAUCGCAGUAGAAGUAGAAGUAGAAGUAGAAGUAGAAGUAGAAGUAGCAGCGGAAGAAGCAAGGCAAGGGAAGAGCAGAGAUGGCAGGAGGGUCAACAGCAAGCCUUAACCUGUGGGGCAUCCUGUCGGAGUCGAAGCGCAUAAUCCACGCCCACUCCCGUCACUUCCUGGCCCUCUCCGUCAUGUUCCUCCUCCCUCUCUCCUUCUCCCUCACCGUCUCCCCCUCCCUCCUCUCCUCCAACACUCACAUCCUCCUCAGCCUCACCCUCACCCAAAACAACCAAAACCCUAUCCCUUUCCUCCUCCUCUUCCUCCUCUCCCUCCUCCUCCUCUCCCUCUUCGCCUUCUCCUCCAUCACCCACAGCGUCUUCCACGGCUUCUUCGGCCGCCCCGUAAAGCUCCCCUCCGCACUCCUCUCCAUCGCCCCCUCCUUCCUCCCACUCCUCUCCGCCUCCCUCAUCCUCUACCCCCCUCUCCCCCUCCUCCUCCCCUUCCUCCGCCUCCCCCUCCCCCUCUCCCUCCUCCUCCUCCCCUGCCUCCUCUACCUCCGCCUCCUCUGGACCCUCGCCCCCGUCGUCGCCGUCCUCGAAUCCUCCUGGGCCGCCCGCCCCCUCCUCCGCAGCGCCUCCCUCCUCCGCGGCAUGGCCCCCGUCGCCGCCUCCUCCAUCCUCUUCUUCUCCUCCCUCUACGCCCUCCUCCUCUGCUCCACCUCCCUCCUCGCCACUGCCGACCACCACCUCAACCGCUUCGCCUUCCUCCUCCGCAUCGUCCUCACCUCCGCGCUCCUCGUGCUCCUCCUCCUCUACAACGCCGCCGCCGACACCGUCCUCUACAUGUACUGCAAGGCCGUCCACGGCGAGCUCGCCGCCGACAUCGCCGAUGAGUUCGCCUGGCAGUACGUUUCCCUCCCCUUCGACGACGCCAAGGUCCCGCACGUUGUUUCCGUUGUCACCGCAUGAUCAUUUCGGUUCGUCCGGCUUUUUGUAUUAUAGUAAUAACAUUACAAGUGUAAUCAAUCAGUCCUUAGCAUUGUUCCAUAAAUAAAUAUUUGUUAUUGUUGAUGCCAAAUGUGUGUGCCUCUUUUUUUGUUGUUGAGGGAGUGUUAUGUUUUGUGAUGGCUUUGUUUUCGGAAUGAGGGUUUUAAUUGUGGAUGCGUAGUGUCGAAAUCAGGGAAUGUUGUGAUUGGGAUCUUUUGGGUUUUUUUAAUUCCAAGGUUUAGAACUAGAAGGGUGCAAGUGUUGUUGCCUUGCUUGGCCAAAUUGUGCACAAUUUGGUUAAUUUUGUGAUGGUAUUAGGUGGCAGAUUGGAAAAUGUUUCUUGCAAAACAAAAUGGCUAAAUGAGUUAGUUCUCUUC